AUGUCUUCUUCACAGGGUCUCCGCCUUGGAACAAAGUCACUACGAAAUCGAGCCGAUUUGGACGACUACGUCUAUCACUUCAAUGCCAACGACAAGGCGGAAUACACCGCUUACUACUCCAAGGAUGCAGUGUUCAGAUUCAGUGGUUUUCCCGACAGGAGCAUUGACGAGUUCUUGUCAUGGGUGGAUGGAGUCCAUGCUGGUAUGCGUGAAACCCUGAAUCUGAUAAGGGUAGUAUUCGGCCAAGAUAUCGUCGUCACCGAGAUGCACACCCAAUUCCGAGGCAUCAAUGGCUACGAGACAGACAAUCUAGCGGGUAGAUGGGGCCCGGUCUGGCCCGGAAACGGCCCUCUUGUCAAGAUGUUUGUCUGGUACACUCUUGAUAAGGAUGGACACAUCGUUCAACUGACUGAAGACGCCUACCUUGAGAAAGAGGCUUCUAGAGAUGUGAUCCGGAGCCACGAGGACUUCAAGCUUUAUCUCAAUGCGUUCAACACCAACGACUUUGACACUUUCCCGCGAUAUUACACAUCGGAUGUAACUAUCAUACUCGACGGAAAACAGACACUGCAUGGUAGGGAGGAGGCGACGAACUUUUUCCGCAACGCGCGAAGUCAAGUGAACGAGGACGUUAAUGUCCAGUCUAUAGUUCUGGACAAGUCCGGCAUCGCACUGAAGUCGUUCAUCAAGUUCACCGCUAUUGCGAACAUUGAGGAUAUCCUGAAUUUUGGAUCUGGCGUACGGAAGGGAGGCGGUUAUGAGGCCCAUUUCUUGAUCCAUUAUGAGCUUACUCUUGAAGGAAAGAUUCAUUAUAUCACCGCGGCGCGACUUGGAACCGUCAAAAUCUUCAAUCCCUCAGUGUAG